AUGCGUGAUAUAAAUUCAUCGCAUGUGUCAAGCAUUACUUUUAUAAAUAGUAAUGGCGUGAUAAUUACUACUGAAAUAAAAGAAACAAAUAAAAGGAUGAAAGAAAACUUUUUAAAUGAUAAUGAAGGUAAUUAUGUUUUUUACGAAAAAGAUUUAGAAAACAUUAAAAAUGUUGUUCUUACACUAAAACCAUUUCAUCAAAAAUUUGAAGAUAAUAUACUAUUCCGAAUAAAAAAAAAAGAGGAUAAAUAUCGAUGUGAAUGGGUUUUAUUACUUAAAACAAUUAAAAAGGAUAAUAUAAAAAAACAAAGAAAAGGUGAUAUGUUCGUAGAUAUAGAAAAUAAAAAUGAUUGUGAACAAAAUGGUGAAAAGGAAGUAAUAGAAGAAAAAACAUUUGACUGUAAUGAUAUAAAAGAUAUUAUGUUAAAAUAUAUAUAUUGUAUUACUUAUUUUGAUAACUAUAUUCUUAAUUUAAAAAACAGUAUUGGAUUAUUUAAUUCUGAAAAUGAUCAUUUUUUAAAUGAGUUUAUUAAAAUAAACGAUGAUUUUACCAAAAAGAAUUGUAAUGAAGUUUUUGAAAAAAUUAAUGAUAAUAAAGAUAAUGAAAAAGAAUUUUUUUAUGAUACAUUGGACGCAGAUAAUAAAUUUAUGAUAAAUAUGAACAGUUCGUGUAAUAUGUUAAAUGAGCAAAGGGAAGUUCAUUCGGCUAAUCUAAGUAGCAUUAGUGAUAGAGGCUACAAUAAUAAUAGUAAUAACAGUAAUAGCGUUAGCAGUAAUAACAAUAGCCAUAAUGGUAUUGUCAGUAAUAACAGUAAUAUCAUUAGCAGUAAUAGCAUUAGCAGUAAUGACAAUAGCCAUAAUGGUAUUGUCAAUAAUAGCACUGUCAAUAAUAGCACUGUUAAUAAUAACAGUAAUAACAAUAGCAGUAAUAGCAUUAGCAGUAAUAACAAUAACAGUAAUAACAAUAGCAGUAAUAGCAUUAGCAAUCAUAGUAUUGUCAAUAAUAGCAUCGUCAAUAAUAUUGUUAGCAGUAAUAGCACUGGCAAUAAAAACAUUAGCAAUGAUAGCACUGGCAAAAAUAAUCAUAAUAAAAAUAACAGUAGCAAAUAUAACAAUAGUAAAAAUAACAGUAGCAAAAAUAACAAUAGUAAAAAUAACAGUUGCAACAGUAAUAAUAGUAAAAAUAACAGUAGCAACAGUAAUAAUAACUCAAUUAAUGAUAAUAUAUACAAAACAAAUAACUGUAACAAACGUAACAAUAUUAUAAUUGAUAAUAGUAGCGAUUAUGCUACGAACGUACACUUUGCAAGAGCAAACUGCGAUAACACAAAUGUCGAUAAAAAACAAAAAAUACAUAGAAAAAAUAUUGCAAUGAAAUAUAAUUUACGUAAAUCUGCCAGUAGCAAUUCAAAUUAUAAUUAUAAUUCAAAUAAUUGUUCUUUCACAUCUGUGAAAACAGAUGAUGACGUUAAUAAUUUAAGUGACGAAAAACACAUAAAAGGUUAUAAUGAUGACCACAUGAAUUUUUUAAAAAAAUUGUUUUGUAAUAAUUGCAAUUUAGAAAAACGUAAUGUAAUAGACAUUGACAAGAAACAAAAUGCAAGUUCAAUUAAAUUAAUGAUGAAGGAUAAUAACUAUUUCUCACAGAAAAUAAAAGAAGAGAUAUUGACAAAUUAUGUUGAUAGAAACGCGGCAACUCUCGGUGACGAAAAUUCCAUGACAAAUGCAGUUGAUUACAAUAAAGGAAGUUGUGCAAAUAAUGAUAACAGUAAUAACAGCAGUAAAGCUAAUAGUAAUAAUAAUAUCAAUAAUAAUAUCAAUAAUCAUAUCAAUAAUAAUAUCAAUAAUAGUAUCAAUAAUAAUAUCAAUAAUAAUAUCAAUAAUAAUAUCAAUAAUAAUAUAAAUAAUAAUAUAAAUAAUAAUAAAAAUAAUAAUAUAAAUAAUAAUAGCAAUAAUAAUAUAAAUAAUAAUAGCAAUAAUAAUAUAAAUAAUAAUAGCAGUAAUAAUAGCAAUAAUAAUAUCAAUAAUAAUAGCAAUAUUAAUAGCAAUAUUAAUGGUAGUAAUAAUGGCAAUAAUUAUACCAAUAAUAAUUUCAAAAAUACGUAUAAUCGUGACGCAGAUAUUCACGAUUUAGAGGAAAGUUGCAAAGUUUUAAAGAAUAAAAACGCAGAAGGAGGGAGAGGAAGUGUAUUUAUGAAUGUUGACGAUUUAAAAAGGGAAUUAGUUAAUUUCUUAAACGAAAAUGAAGUAAAGGGGAAUAUUGAUGAGGAUAAAAUAAAUAAUAAAAAUAACAUAACAGAUAGAUAUCAGUUAAGAUCUAGCAAAAGUGCUCAUCAAUAUGAUAAUAUGAAUAGUAUAAAUAAAUGUGCGUCUGAUACACUAUUAAAUUCAUCUGAUAAAAAAAAUCGUAGUAAUGUUAAAUAUGAUUUUGUUCAUGAGGAAAAUGUGCAUCCAAAUGGGGCAUUGCAUUAUUUUCAAAAAUUUUCAAAUGAUUCCAUAAAUAAUGGUAAAAAUUUAAAUUAUGAUAUACUUCAUGAACAAAAUAAAAAUUUUGAAGUAAGUGAUUUCAUUGAUACAAUGGGUGAUGCUAACAUAGAAUUAAUAAAAUUAAUUUUGAAGCACCAUAUUAAAAAUAAUUGUAAUAAAAAUACUAAGGAACAAAAUAGGCAAAGUGAAAAAUUACAAAAUGUGGGUAAAAAGGAUUAUUACGAACAUAUACAAUAUAGUGGAGAUGAUGAAAAGAAUAAUUUAUUUUCAGCCGCUAAAAGGGAAGGCAGUAAUAUCAUGAGCGAUAGAACAAGCUGCCAGAAUCAUAGUAAAUAUUAUGAGCAUAAUAACAGUUUUAAUGCGGAUGAAUGUGUCGAUGAUAGUGGUAAAAACAUUAAUAACACUAACAAUAGUAAUGAGAACAGUCGUUCUAUUAAUGGAAAUAAAUCGAAAUAUGAUUUUAGAAUCAGGAAGAGAAGGGAAUUUGAUAACGAGCAUGGCGAUUACAUUAAUUAUAAUAAGAUAAAGAAUAAGAGUAAUUCCUGUGAAAAUAAGAAAGAAAAAAAUAUACCAGAUUCUCAUUACGAAAAUAUCGCAAGUGAAAUAUUGAAGGUCAUUGCAAAAUUUAAUGAAAAUUCAAACCUGAAAGCAGAUUUAAGUGAAAAUGACAACAAUAAUAGUUGUAAUAAUAUUAAUAUCAACAGCAAUAACUGCAAUGAUGGAGGUAGCAAUAGUAAUAAUAGUAGAGGUAAUAACUGCUUGAGUAGAAUGAAUAAUUGCAAUAGUAGGGGCAAUAAUUACAAUAACAAAGACAGCAAUAGCAAUAACAACAAUAGGAACGAUAACCGUAGUAAUAACCGCUUAAAUAAUGCCAUAAGGGAAUUUAUUAAGAAUGUAAGUCCCAGUGAAAUAAACCAGAUUUCAUUAAAUAAAGAGCAGAUAUUUUCGAAAAUGAUAAAUGAUAAUUUAAUUAAUGCACAAAGAAAUGACAUAGAAAAUGAUGAAUAUGUAAAGAGAGCUGAAUCUGUGAACACAAAUACAAGUAGAAAGCAAUUUUUAAAAUCAUGUAGUGUUAAUAAUAAUCACUUAAUGAAUAAUACAUGCAGUAAAAGCAGUGUUAAUAGCGAUGAUUCGUCCCAUUUUAACAAUAAUACGAGUGAUGUACAUGUUAAUACAGACAAACUAAAUGAGAAAAUUUUUGAUGAAAAAAUCUUAUUUAACUCAUUAAAAAAUGAUAGUGAUGUGAGCAAUUCAUAUUAUAGCAAUAUAGCAAGUGUAAUUAAUUUGAUAAAAACUAGUAUGAUAAACAAUUAUGACGAAAUGGAGGAUUCCCCAAAGGCUUUUUUCAAUUACUGCGGUAAUAUUAAUAAUACUACUACUACUGCUGCUGCUGCUAUCAUUGCUACUACGAAUAAUAAUGAUAGUAGCAUUAUUGGUAGUAAGAACAGUAAUAGUAAUAAUAGCAAUAAUGGUAAUUAUGGUAACAGCAAUAGCAGUAAUAAGUUAAAAAUAAAGGGGGGGGAUUUGAAAAAGGACAUAUGUACCUCAGAAGGGAUAGCCGAAGGUUUUAAUAAUUUAGAUAGUGACGAUUAUAUUAUUGACAAAUCAAAUUUGAGAGAAAGGAAAUAUUUCCGACUUGGAGAAAAUAAGAAGGAAAAUGAUUAUAUUUUAAAUUGUAAUGAGGAUGAUAAUAAUAAUAAAAAUAAUAUGGUUCGAAUUGAAGCUCGUGAAGAAGUGAAUAACAACAAAAACCUUCUGAAUACGUUUAAUAAUGGUAGUUGUACAAAUAAUGGAAGUAAUAAUAAUGAGAACAGUAAUAACAGCAUUGAUAAUUUUAAUAGUAUUAAUGAUCAUAAUAAUAUCCUACAGACAUUUAUGUUGUCAAAUGAAAAUAUGGACUUGCUGUAUAACUAUUAUUUACAAGCUUGUAAAAAUAAUUUGAUAAACGCUAUUAUUUUUAACAACAAAAUUACCGAAUUAACAGAUUGUGAAAAUAGUGACCAUGUGAAAAAUGUUACCAAGGUUAAUAAGAAAGGUAUUAGCGGUAUUGGCGGUAUUAGCGGUAUUGGCGGUAUUAGCGGUAUUGGCGGUAUUAGCGGUAUUGGCGGUAUUAGCGGUAUUGGCGGUAUUAGCGGUAUUAGCGAUAUUGGCGGUAUUAGCGGUAUUAGCGAUAUUGGCGGUAUUGGUAGUUCACACUGUGUUAACACCAUUAAUAAUAACAAGAGUAAAAAUAGUAACGGAAAAGGUAUCAAAAAUAAAGUAGAUGAUAUGAAGGAAGGUCUUAAUUAUAAUAGUAAUAAUGUGAGUAGUGGUAAUGUGAAUAGCGGCAUUGUGAGCAGCGGUAAUAUGAAUAAUGGCAAUAUGAGCAAUGGUAACAUGAGCAGUGGUAAUUUAAGUAGCGGAAUUGUAAGCAAUGGUAAUGUGAACAGUAGCAAUAUGAGUAGCAUCACGAAUGUGAGUAACAGCAUUAAUGUAAAUAAUAAUAUUAACAUGAAUUUUAGUGAUAAUUGUAAAUAUACAAAAAAUGUUGCUGAUCAAGUAAACAAUUUUUUUCACAGUUGCUUUUGUAGUUUAAAAAAUCUUAACGACGAUAUUGGAAUAUAUGAGAACUUAGUGAAUCAUGAAAAUGAGUGUGAUAAUAAUUCUUAUGAACAUUUUUUUUAUAAUGUGAAAAAUAAUAUUAAAAUUAAUAAUAGUAUCAAUAAUAAUGAAGAGUAUAUAUGUGAAAAUACAAAGUUAAUUGAUGAGCAACUUAACAAUAAUAAGAUUAACGUGGAUACUAGUAAUAUCCAUUUGGGGAAAUUUAAUGAUAUGCAUAACAUUCUGUCUGGUAAUUUAUUAAAGGCUAUAAAGAGUAGAGAUGUGUAUGAUAGUAAGAAAGUUGCUGCAAUAAACGAUGCAAGCCAUGUUAGUGGUGUGAUUAACAUGAAUGACGUGAACAAAGCAGAUAACAGUGGGGAAGUUUUUAAAAGUUUCGACAAUCAGUUGAAUGCACUUAUGAAUAAAUAUGAAAAUAAUGAGAUACUUAACAAUUAUCAAAAGGACAUUAUAAAAUUUGUAGAAGAUUUUAGUAAUCAAAAAGUAACAAAUUAUCAAUCAGAACAGUUACAGCAAAUUCGGAACAACAGUAAUAGUAGCAGUAAUAGUAAUAGGAGUAACAAUAGUAGUACUAAUAAUUGUAAUGGUAACAGUAAUAAUGGUAGUAAUAAUGGUAGCAAUAAUGGUAGUAAUAAUGGUAGCAAUAAUGGUAGCAAUAAUGGUAGCAAUAAUGGUAGCAAUAAAGGUAGCAAUAAUGGUAGCAAUAAUGGUAGCAAUAAUGGUAGCAAUAAUGGUAGCAAUAAUGGUAGCAGUAGUAUCAGUGCUAAGUACAACGAUGAGCAUAUUUUAAAGGCUAUUUUAAUUAACAUGAUAAAAGAAUUGACAAAUUCGAAAAGUAGUAAUAAUAAUCCUUCAAUGAACAAAUACGCAUCUGAUUCGAAGAAUGAUACAGGCGAUAGCAAUAACAUCAAUAUAAGCAAUGGUAGUAAUAAUAGCUGUAACAAUAAUGAUAGUAGUAAUCGUAGCAGCAAUUGUAGUAGCAAUUGUGGGAGUAACUGUAACAGUACUAGCAGUAAUGAUUCUUUUAAAAAUACACCUAACAGUAACAAUUUGUCUUCCAGUGGUGAUAACAAAGGGAGAAAUACAUGGAAUCAAAAAAAAAAUAUAAACAAAAAUGCAAGUUGUUCUAACACAACAUACAAUAAUUUUCAUGAUAAUGUAAAUAGCAACAUUAUUUUUCAGACUAAUGUAGAUGCGUUUAAUAAUAUAUGUAACAAUUUGGUUAUAAAGAAUAAUAUAAACAACUCAAAUAAUUAUUACAAUAAUUAUUGUCAAAAUAAUAUUAUUAAUAUUAACAACUGUAGUGGUAAUAAUUAUUUUUAUAAUAACAACAAUAGCAGUAAUAGUAAUGGUAAUAAUAAUAAUAAUAAUUCGAACAACAGUGAUAAUAACAUACAUAUGUUGAAGGAAGAAGGUAAUCUACUCUGUGAUACUAUAAACAUUCAAAAUAAAGUGAAAGACAGUUUUCACAAUAAUGUUGAUUUUAUUACAAGAAAUAAUAUUUACAGAAAAGUAAAAAAUAAUAACCGAAAUGAACAAAACAUUUCUGAUUUUAAGAAGUCAUUAAAUGAUAGUUAUCCUAUGAUUUAUAGGAAGCGUAGUUAUGAGGAAAGUAGUACUGGUAUUAAAUACUGCGCUGCUAGUGGUACAGCAGGCCACAUUGACACUAAGUGCAAUAAUUAUAAUAAUGAAAAUGACAAUGAUAAUGGUAAUGAUAAUAAUAAAGUUAAAAUUGGUGAUAAUAUUAAUGAAAACAAUGGUGAAAAUAAUGAUGAAAAUAAUGAUGAAAAUAAUGAUGAAAAUAAUGAUGAAAAUAAUGAUGAAUAUAAUGAUGAAUAUAAUAUGAAUAAUAUUAAUAACACUGAUGAAGAUAACGAUGAUGGUAAUGGUAACGAUAAGGGUAGCGAGAACGACCAUAUUAAUACUGAUAAUAAUAAUAAUGAUAUUAAUAAAGAUAUCAACAAUGACAUGAAUAAUGACAUGAAUAAUGAUAUGAAUAAUGACAUGAAUAAUGAUAUAAGCAAUGAUAUGAAUAAUGACAUGAAUAAUGAUAUGAAUAAUGAUAUGAAUAAUGAUAUGAAUAAUGAUAUGAAUAAUGACAUGAAUAAUGAUAUGAAUAAUGACAAUAAUAGUAUUAUUAGUACCGGUAGUAGUAGAUAUUGCGAUGACUGUAGCAAUAGUCAUAGAAACUAUGAUAAUAUGAGCAAUAGUAACUAUAAUAGUAGUCGCGAAAAUAUCAUUAAUAGUAAAUGUAAUAGUAGAGAUAAUAACGUGCUGAACAACCAGCUCGUUGAGGACGAUGAACUUUUACAAAAAGAUAUUUUCGAAUCAUCGAGAAGUAAGGAAAUAAUUGAUAUACAGAUAGGAGAUAUAGAUAAUGGGAAGGUGGUGAGUUCGGAGCAAACAUAUUUUUUUAACAAAAUAAAAAGUAUAGAUAUAGACAAAUCGAAAAAAAAAAAUAAAAGAAAUUCGUAUGAUGAAGAUAUUUUUAAAAUGGGAAAAAGAAAUAAUUGUAAAAGUGGUAAUAUGAAAAAUUUUGAAAAUAACAAUAUGAUCAAUAACAAUGAUUGCUUAAUAAACAGAAGCAAUGAUAAAAAUUUCAUUCCCCUAAGACAUGGUGAUGAUAAUAAUAUAGAUAAUACUUAUAAUAAAGUGAAAAAAAAAGAAAUUUUUGAAGAGUUUCAAACGAAAAAUAAAGAUAAAUAUUUUUUUAUCUUUAGCUGGAAUAUGGAAGACUGCUCAACCGUUUCGAACAUUUCGAAUUAUUUGCAAAAUUUGCCAAGUGUCAGUGAUACAAACAAUAAUAAUAAUAAUAAUAAUAAUAAUAAUAAUAAUAAUAAUAAUAAUAAUAAUAAUAAUAAUAAUAAUAAUAAUAAUAAUAAUAAUAAUAAUAAUAAUAAUAAUAAUAAUAAUAAUAAUAAUAAUAAUAAUAAUAAUAAUAAUAAUAAUAAUAAUAAUAAUAAUAAUAAUAAUAAUAAUAAUAAUAAUAGUAAUAAUAAUAAUAAUAAUAAUAGUAAUAAUAAUAAUAAUAAUAGUAAUAAUAAUAAUAAUGCUAUAUAUGACACUUUGCAAGAUGAAAAAAAGGAGGAUUUAUCCUUGAAUAUAGUAGAAAGUAACCCAUCGCAUAAUAGUAAUGGUACUGCCAAUGGUAGUAAACAGAGUGUCAGUGAUAGGAUUUGUCCUACUUCAUCCAACAACACGAAUAACAACAGAGUACCUAUCGAUUUAAAAAGUUUGAAGCAGAAUGAUCUUAAGGAAUUAUUGUUGCAAAAAGGAUGGUAUUAUAAAAGUAUUAAAAAAAGUGAAGAGCAAAAUAAAAACAAUUUUAACCUUAAUAAUAAUAUGUAUAUGAUGAAAAGGAAAAAUAAAGAUUCUGUAUGCCAAGAUUUAUAUAGUGACAACGUUAACUCGUGCAAUAAUUGUGAAGCCAAUGUAAAGACUAAUGUAUACAGUAGUUAUUCUUCAUAUAGUUCGUUAAAUAUUAAUUUCUUUUCUCUCUUUGAUGAUAUGUAUGAAAAUUUCUUUAAAUAUGAUUUUGAAGAUCGUGAAAAAAUGUUAAAGAUUUUGAAUAUAAACAAAGAUAUAUGCUUCAAUCAGCUGUUAAUGUUUUAUAAAAAAAAAAUAUUCUUCGAUUGUAAAAAUGGAAGAUCCCAUGGUAACGUUAGCGGUAUCAUCAGCAGUAGCAUUAACAGUAACGGUAGUAGUAGCACUAACAAUAAGAGUAAUAGUAACAUUAAUAAUGAUAAUGAUAAAUGUAAUAACGAUAAGCAGCCUCUAGAUUUAUGUAACGAUUAUAACCUGCAUGCAAAUGAAAGUGCAGUUGGCAGUAGUAAAAACAACACACUUUAUAGGAACCUUCUCAUGAGCAAUAUUAUAGUAAUAGAUAAGAAGGACUACUUCCCAGAUAAGCAUAACACGGAACUAAUAAAUUGUAAUAAUAACAAUGAUAAUACCAUAUUACCUAAUUAUUCGGUGCAGUGCAAUGCAAAGGACGAGGUAAUAAAUGCACCGCGUUUUAUCCUAAAAGACGAAAUGGACUGCUUUAGUAAGGUAAUAAAUCAACUGAGGGACUUCAAGCAAAUUAUAAAUAAUAAAUUGUUGUUCAAGAAUAAAAAUUAUAGUGAUCCUAAGGAUAGCAGCAGAAGUGUUAUUACUGACAGCACCACGAGGGAAGAAAUAAUCACAAAUAUUCAGACAGGAAGCACUAAUUUGGAUUCAUUAAAUGUUGAUGAGAAUGCCCAGGAAAAUGAUGGUCCAAAUGAUAAGCAUUAUUUUUCCGCAGAAAUUGAAGAAGAGUUAUCACAUAAAACAAAAUUGAACAAUAAUGAAAUGAAAUAUAUUAUUAAGGGAAAUAAAGGCACUAUGGCAUUAAAGGAAGAGAAGGAUACAAAUAAGCGAAAGGGAAAGGAGAAAAAACGUAAAGGCGUAAAUACUGCACGUAACAACAAAAAGAACGGUAGAAAGCAAAAUAAGGAAGAAGUAUAUGCUCGAAGUGUUGAAAAGGUAAAAAAUGAUAUAAAGGAGGUGGUUGAAAAGAAAUAUAAGGAUAAUAAUAAUAUUAACCAUAUUAACAAUAAUUAUAAUAAUAGUAGUAACAAUAAUUACAAUAACAAUACGUAUAACGAAAAUAUGAGCGAUUUUUCCAUAGAUAGUGAUCAUGCACGUGAAAUGGUGGAAUAUAUCUUCGAAAAGCCGAAAAACGAAAUGGGAAAAGAUGAUGGUAGCAGUAGUAACAGUACGAAAAAUAGCAGCAAUAGUGCAAACGACAGCGGCAGUGGUAGUGGUAGUGGUGAUUUUAUUCGAAGCGGAAGUAAUACGAUGAAAUCUCCUAAUAAUGGUACGCUUGAAUUCGAAAUAGAUAUUAAGGAUACGGAGGAAGACAGUAACCAUACCUUGUUUAAAUUUAUUUAUCACAAAAUUAACUGUAUAAGAAAUAAUAUGUGGUCACAGAAUAUUGAUGAGUUACAAAAUAAAGAAAUUAAUGAAGUGUUAUUAAGAAAUAUUAAAAGAAAAAAUAAAAAGAAUGUUUUGAAUGAUGAAAAAAGGGUAAGGGAAAAAAAUGAACACGCUGAAAAAAAUAACAACAAGGAAGAAGAGGUUAAGAAGGAGGUGAAGGAGGAAGAGGAUAAAAAUAGGAAGAAAGAAAUUUUGAUAAAAGAAAAACAGCAAUCAGAAAAUUCUUCCGCAAAUGAUAUAUAUUAUUUUAAUAUAUACACGAACUUAUGGGAAAAUGUAGAUCUAAAUGUUAGUCAUAAAUUAUUAGAAUCAUUGGAAUUAAAAAAAAAAACUAUAAAUAAAUACUAUAAAAAGAAUGAAUAUGGAGAUACAAAUUUCAUUACAUUUACUGAAUGGAGCGUAUACAAUUUAAUUAUAUCGAAAAUAUAUAGAAGUUUUGAUUUUAAGAAAUUCGAAGAUUAUCAGUUGAAGGUAUAUAAUAUGGAAAAGUUUCACUACGAACUAAAAAAAAGAAGUACGUAUAAUUUUGGUAUUAAAAUUAUAGGUGAUUCUAGUACUAGUAAAAGUAGUCAACAAAAAAGUAAAGGAAAAAACUAUAAAUUAAAUGAAGUUAAUAAAGCAUCUAAAAUUUCGGAUGAAUAUUCAGAUUAUAAUUACGAUGAUGAUUAUUAUAUUGAGGAGGGAGAUGAUGAAUAUGAAUUUGACGUAUUAGAAGAGGAUGUGGAAGAAGAGGAAGAAGAGGAACUAUUGUAUGAUGAAGAUGGGCAGAAAAAUGAGUUGAGGGAACAAGAGGUAGAGGAUGAGGAAUCGAAAGAGUUCGUUUAUAUUACAGGGGGAAAGGAGAAGACUGAAAACAGUAAUAAUAACAUUGGCGGAGGUAAUAACUAUGGAGGAGGCAGUAACAAUGGAGGAAAUAGUAGUAGAAUGUUUUGUAAGAGCAAAAAUAGGAAUGGAAGCAGACUGACCGUUGGUAGCAAUAAGGAUAAUUAUGCAUGUAACAAUGCAGAUAAGAAAUGUGCAAAUGAACAAAAAAAUAUUAAAAAAAUGAUUAUUUUUAGUGAAACUACUAGAACUAACAACUAUAUGGAGAGAAGUAAUUCACAAAACCCGAAAGAAGAAAAAGACAACACAGAGGAGAGAGAAAACAAUAAAAGAAGCUUAGGAAUGUCUUUGAGAAGAAAAAAAAGAAAUAGCUUAAUUAGCGGAAACGCUACUGAAUAUAGUCUUUUAAAAGUGAAUAAAAGAAAAAGUAAGAAAUUAAAAGUAAGUGAAAAGGCAGAUAAAUGUGUAGAGGGUUCACAGGAAGCUGGGGCAAAUCAGAGCAAUCGUAAUGGUAAUGCUACUAAUGGAAAUGGUGGUAGAAGCAGAAAAGUGCAAAUCUUCAAAAAACGAAUAAGACAAAAGAAAAACUUCAACCCGGUGAGCGACAAAAAGAUGAAUGUAUAUCACUUAAUACAGUUACCUGACUAUGCAAACCAUAAAGAAUUAAUUAAGAGCAAAAACGAAUUCCUCCCGACGUAUAUUUUACAGUAUGAACAAUUAAAAAAAAACGAAUGUAUAUUUUUUAAUAUUCAAAAUCACUACAAUAAUUUUAUUAAUAAUGUAUAUCACUUUGCUGUUAGUUAUGAUCAAUCGCUAAAACAUAAUGAAUAUCUUAAUAACACUUUAAACAAUGUAAAAGCGAGAUUGCAUAUUAAAAGGUUGUGUUUAAAGAAAAACAUAACCAUUCGAGAUAAUAUAUUUGAUAUAUGUAGUACUUAUUUUAAUGAUUUGUACACAUAUGAUUCAAAUAGUAAUACGUUUGUAUUUUACAAAUCUAAGAAAUUAAGAACAAAUAGGAUGGAAAAAACUUUAAAUAACCAAGAUUAUUAUAGUAUGUAUGUGAAUGAUUAUAUAGAAAAUGAAUUAUUGAAUAAAAGAAAAAAAUCCAGAAAAAAAAUUGCAGCAAAUGUAUUAUGUAAUAACGAAGAUAGUAAUAACAAUAAUAGUAAUAUUAACAGUAAAAGUAAUAAUAACACUAAUAAUAACACUAAUAAUAAUAGUAGUAAUAAUAGUUGUAAUAAAUUUAAAUACGCAAAUGAAAAUGCUACGAUGAAAAUUUUGUCCAAUUCAUUUGAACAUAGUGAUUCAUAUGUAAAUGAUUAUUCAGAUAGAAGAGAAUUACAGUGCAAAAAUAAUAAUAAUACCUUAACUAAGGAACAUUUUCUCAAAGGAAAUAAUAUUCAUAAUAACAAUAUUUAUUCUACUUCAGAUAUAGCAGCUAAUAUGGAACAUGGAUUAUGUGAUCAGUUAGAUUAUAUAAAAUAUUUUGGUGAACAAGUAGAUAAUGAAGAGGAAGAAGAAGGGGAGGAGGAAGAUGAAGACGAAGAAUGCAACAAUGGGACAUGUAAAAACAUUAUGUCUUUUAGUGAAAGAACAAUGGAAGAGGAAAUAGGAGCAGAAAUGGAUAACAAUGAUCAAAUGGAAGGAGGAAUGCAUGUAUUUAAACCUGAACAAAAUAGAUCUUUUUCUCCUGACUUGUUAAGUACAUAUACCAAUAACUUUGAAGAGGAAAAUGAUAAAAGUGAUAAAAUUGAUAAAAAUAAUUAUAAUAAUAGAUCCAGUGAAAGUUUUGUUAACUAUUAUAAUCAAAAUAAUAACAAACUAUUUUUUCAAAAACAAGAAAAUCGAAAUACUAAAAAUUUUAACAAUAAGAAAAAGGAUCUUUAUUUUAAUGGAAAUUUAAACCAUGAUGAUAUAAUACAGUAUAUUGAUAUACAGUAA